AUGUCAGAGAACAUGCCGGAACAGCCGGCGGGCGACCCGUCCAGGAAGCUCCAGUUCGUGAUAGUCGGAGGAUUUCUAGGCGGACUGGCAACCGGCAUUGCACUCAAGGCCCUGGGCCAUGACACGACGAUCCUGGAGCGGAACCCGCCGCCCCUGCUCCAAGAUCAAGGAGCUGGCAUAGUCGCCGAAGGCGACACCCUAGAGUUCUUUAAGAGAUACAACAGGUGCGAUCGGCCACUCGCAGUAAGCUCGGAGCGCCGGCAGUAUCUCGACAAGGAGGGGAAUAUUGUGCAUAGGGAGGAUAUGGUGCAGAACAUGACUUCCUGGGACCUGGCAUACUACCUCAUACGUGCUAAUUAUGAUGGAGUCGCGAGUUCCUAUUGCGAUGCGCCGGAGCCCGUGCCGGGACACGGCAAGGCGACGCACGUCCACGACUGUAACGUCACUGACAUCAAAGAAGAAGACGACGUCGUCCGCGUCUUCUGGCACAGCAGCAAAGGGGAAGAAGGCAGCAUCCACGCCGACAUCCUAAUCGGCGCCGAUGGACCGAGCUCCAGGAUCCGCAAGAUCCUCCAGCCGAACGCCGAGCGGAAGUACGCCGGCUACUGCGCGCUGCGCGGCACGCUUCCGGAGAGCGAAGCCAGCCCCGCCGCGUGCGAGGCCUUCUCGCGACGCUUCACCUUCUUCCACGGCCCCGGGGUCCAGAUCCUCGCGUACCUGAUCCCCGGCAGGGACGGGACCGUGGAGCCCGGGCAGCGGCUGAUUAAUUUCGUGUACUAUGCCAACUUCCCCGAGUGCUCGGCUGAGCUGGAGGAGAUCAUGACAGAUAUGAAUGGGAGAAGGAGGGCGAUCACGAUGCCCCCCGGGAUGACGGCGCCGGAGGCGUGGGAGAAGCAGCGGCACGUCGCGCGCAAGCGCCUGCCGCCGCAGUUCGCGGAGAUCGUGUGCGCGACGCGCAAGCCGUUCGUACAGGCCGUCACCGACGUCCUCAGCCCGGAGCACGAGUACCUGAGCGGCAAGGUCGUGCUGGUCGGCGACGCUUUGGCCGGGUUCCGGCCGCAUACCGUGGCUUCUACGUCCCAGGCGGCGUUCGACGCUAUGAUUUAUGCGGAUUAUAUUGCGGGCAGGGUCUCGCGCGAGGAGUGGAAGAGGCAGACGCUGGGGUUUGCGCGGUUCGUACAGAAGAGGGGCGUUGAUAUGUGCGAGCGGAGCCAGCAUGAGGAUCUGCCCCUGGAGGCGUAUGUUCGGGAUCGUAAUGUGGCUUCUACGCCGCGACAGGAUGAGGUUUACCCGGAGUGGGCGACGGCAUUUUAG